AAAAAGCCAUUGAUUCUGUUACACUUAAUGAUCGUGAUCUUAAAAAAUAUUUACUUACAGAGAAUCAAUGGGCUGAACUUGAAAAAAUUAAGGAUUUUUUAUUUUUAUUUAAAGAAGUAACAACUAUAAUGUCUGGAUUUACUUAUCCAACACUUUCUGCUACUAUUCCUUUAUAUAAUAUUCUUAUUGAUCAUGUUGAAAAUGUUAUUGGAGAUGUAAAUGUUAUUGGAGAUGAAAAUGAGGAAGUUAUUGAAGAUGUAGAUAAUGAUGAAUCUGAAGCUAAUAGUAGCAACAACAAUGAGAAUGAAUGGAGUCAAAUUAUAAAAAAUGCUGCAAAAAUAUGCAGAUUAAAAUUGCUGGAGUAUUACAACAAGACAAAUUAUUCAUAUUUAAUUUCUACUAUUUUGGAUCUAAAAUUGAAAUUACAAUAUUACAAGGAUAAUGAAUGGGAAGAUGAAUUAAUAAAUGAUAUUCAACAAAAGUUAGUAUUUUACUAA